CAUCCAUCCAUCACACUGCUCUUUCCCGUCGCUACUUUGCAUCCUCAGUCGACUCCUCUCGUCUGCUCACCUCUGUCACUCUCCCAUUGCCAUCGCCGACAAGCCCUAGACAGAGCGCACUGAGUACACCCGCCGACCGCCGAUCGACUGCGUCAUUGCUCCAACCUCCACCACCCGAAACUCGACUCUCACACCGGUCUUUGUCACCGCCUCUUUCUCUCAUCACCCCCUUCCAGCAUGCCCGACUCAAACUCCUUGCGCGAUUUGCGCCGCGCAAAGAACUCUGCACCCAGCCAAGGCUGGCAAGGCCCACGCACCAAGUGGUCGGGCGCACGCGAGAACUCGACCUCCUACGUCGACCCGCCCCCCCCCGCAAGCCCAUCCGGAUCAACAAGCGCAAACCCGUACGCUUCAAGCGGGCCGUACGCUUCCGCAUUGCACCAGCAGAAUGUGGCCUCAGGGGCAACCGACGCAGGCCACUCACGCACGCGCGACGCCAGCUCUCGCUUCGCGGAGCGGUAUGCUGGGCAGCGGAGCUACAGCGCAGACCCUGUUGCCGCAGUAGCGGACCAGCCGAAGCGCGGGAAUAGCUGGAGCUCGUGGCUCGGGGGUAAAGAGAAGACUGAGCCAGCGCACUCCCGUACUUCGAGCUCGAACUCGCCCACGCCAGACAAGCCCAGGGGAUCACACGACGACGACAGGUUGCCUGAGCGGCCCCGGCGAGGACGCUACAUCCCGCCGUCGGAGCGCAAGCCCGGCGAUCCGAUGUUCGAGCCUGUUGCGCCUCCGCCGCGCCGUGGGCCGCGCACCUCGGACCCCGAAGACGACGAGCCCGACCCGGACGACAACAGCUGGGGCGCGUGGGCGGCCCGCCAGACCAAGGCCGCGAAUGCUAUGAUGCAGACUGCCAGCGAGAAGCUCAAUGAGGGGUGGGAUAGCGUUAACGACGCCGGAAAGCGCGAUAAGGCGCUGACUAGUGUGGGCAACGGUGCCGCCAAGGCCGCAGGGACCGCCGUCAAGUACACCGCCAAGGGGAUUUGGAACGUCGGAAAGUCUGCCAUGAAGUAGGGGCUGCUAUGAGAUGUUUGUAAAGUAUGGCUUCAUGCUUUGCCAAAUAGUAAUUCACGCAGUUCAUGUGCUGUAGAGGAUGGAUGAAUCCAACCGUGGGGUACGAUGUUACGUGCUCACAGAUACACAUGAUUGG